AUGCGCCCAAGUGGCGAGCUGUGUGUGUGGCUGGUGCUGCAGUGUGACGCGGCAGCGGCAGUCGGGCGCCUCCCCACCGGCCUGGUGUUGGAGGAACGGCUGCCAGAGCCGACCACGCCCGACCAGCCGAACCGGCCGACCUCGCCCACCCAGCUGGCUGACGUCUGGGAUAGGUGCCGCCAGCUGGGGCUGGUGGACCGGUGCGCGCGCGUGCCGGCCCGCCCGGCCACCGACGAGCAGCUGCUCACCUGCCACAGCGCCGAGCACGUGGAGAUGUGGCGUCAGCGCGACCAGGCCGCGUUUUGCCGCGCCGCCCUGGCGGCCGGCUCAGCGAUAGAGCUCACCGACCAGAUCCUGGAGGGGAAGCUGCAGAACGGCUUCGUCAUGGUCGGGCCGACGGAGCCGGACCCGGCAGCGGACCGGGCCUUCUACGAGGACGACAGAGUGCUCGUCUUCUCCACCCACCGUCUGGAGGGGGCUGGCUCGCCGCGGCAGCCGGCUGACGGCGACUUCGACGCCGCCGGCGCCGGCCAGGGCGCUGGCUUCACCUGGAACGUGCCGCUGGACGGGGCGGCGGGCGACGCUGAGCUGCUGGCCGUCUGGCACCGGCUGCUGCUGCCAGCCGCCUACGAGUUCGCGCCUGACCUGGUGGUCGUGUCCGCCGGCUUCGGAGCCGCUCUGGGCAACCCCAAGGUCGGUAUGCGCGUGACGCCGGCCUGUUUCGGUCACCUGACCCACGCCCUGCUAGCACUGGCCGCCGGCCGCCUGGAGACCACCAUCCUGGACGUGAUGUGCGCGCACCACAGCGUCUUCCGCUGCUUCUCGCACCUGGAGACGUUCUCGGCGGCGGACGCGGCGGCGGCGGCGGAGAUGCCGGACUGCCACUGGCCGUCUGCCGGCCGUUUGCCGGACGCGGCCCUGCCGGCCGGACUGGGGACCGGAUCGGAGGCCGAACCGGAGGCUGGCGCACAGGACCACGGCGAGCUGCUCAACAGGCUGCUGUUGGCGCCGCCGACGCCGACGCCCGCCCACCGGGUGUACCUGGCCACCGACCGGCAGAUGCUGCGACACCGCAACACCUCCGACCCGCAGCACCCGGAGCGUCCCGAGCGGCUGACGGCCGUGAUGAGCCGGCUGGCUGACUGGGGACUGGACGGCCGCUGCCACCGGCCGGCCGAGCCGCGGCGCGUCUCCGAGGACCAGCUGCUGGCCGUGCACGAGCCGGCCCACCUGGCGGCCAUGGCCGACACGGCCGGCCAGCCGGCCGACGAGCUGGACCGCCAGGCGGAGCGGUACGACUCGGUCUACCUGGCGCCCGACAGCUACGACUGCGCCCUGCUGGCCGCCGGCUGCGUGGUGGAGGCGGUGGAUAGCGUGCUCUCCGGCGAGGGUGGCGCCGCCGCGUGCGUGGUUCGGCCACCCGGCCACCACGCCGAGCCGCACACCCCGCACGGCUUCUGCCUGUUCAACAACGUGGCGGUGGCGGCGCGCCACGCCUGCCGCGCGCAUGGCCUCAGUCGCGUGCUCGUCGUCGACUGGGACGUCCACCACGGCAACGGCAUUCAGCACAUGUUCUACGAGGACCGCGACGUGCUGUACCUCUCGCUGCACCGGCACGACCACGGCUUCUUCUUCCCGAUGUCGGACGACGGCGACCACGACCGCGUGGGCGAGGGGGCCGGGCGCGGCUUCAACGUGAACGUGCCCUGGAACCGCGCGCGCAUGGCUGGUGCCGAGUACCUGGCCGCGUUCCUGGCCGUCGUGCUGCCGGUGGCGUACCAGUUCGCGCCGGAGCUGGUGUUCGUGUCUGCCGGGUUCGACGCGGCGCGAGGCGACCCGCUGGGCGGUUACGGCGUGGCGCCAGAGGUGUACGGCCACCUGACGCACCACCUGGCGGCGCUGGCCGGCGGCCGGUUGGUGGUGGCGCUCGAGGGCGGCUACAACCUGACCAGCGUCGCCUACAGCAUGGCCAUGUGCGUGCGCGCGCUGCUGGGCGACCCGCUCGACGCCGUGCGUAGGCUGGUGCGGGAGCGGCACGCCGCCGCGGCCGGCCCGGCCGAGCCGUCGAGCCAGACGGAGCUGGACGGACAGACGGAAGGGCUCAGCCACACAGAGCGAGCAGCGGCGGGCAGCGAGGAGCCGGGAGACACCGGCGGCGAGGAGCCAGAAGCCGCUGGCGGCGAGGAGCUGGGAGCCACCGGCGGCUCGGCACCCGGUGAAGAGCUGGUGGCGGGAGCGACAGCGGCAGCGGCUGCGGCAGCGGCGGAGAGCGCGACCAUCGCCGAGUGCCUUCUGCUGCAGCAGGAGCUGGACGGCAUGUACGCCGUGAUCCCGCUGCCGGGCUGCCCGCACCUGAGCACCGUGUGCGAGCUGCCGGCGGCCGGCAUCGACGCCAGCGAGCCGUGCUGCGAGUGCGGCGACCUCCAGGAAAACUGGGUCUGCCUCACCUGCUACCAGGUGUGCUGCGGCCGGUACCGCGCCUGCCACAUGCUCGACCACGGCGCCGUCAGCGGCCACUGCAUGGUGCUCAGCCUGGCCGACCUCUCCGUCUGGUGCUACGUCUGCGAGGCGUACGUGCACCACGAGCGCCUGAUCGCCGCCAAACGCUCGGCCCACCGCAGCAAGUUCGGCGUGGACAUGCCGGUCUGACGGACCGGCCGGCGGGGGGAGCGGAGUGGGCCGCCGGUCUGACGGACCGGCCGGCGCGGGACGGGCUGCCGACCGCUGACAGACGGGGCGGCGCGGGACGGGCUGCCGGCGGCUGACAGACACGGGACGGGCUGCCGGCGGCUGACAGACGCGGGACGGGCUGCCGGCGGCUGACAGACGCGGGACGGGCGAGAUGCGCAGUCUGGUGGCGCGGCCUCGGUCACGUGGGCUGUACCAAGUGCGCUUAAUCCUGGCGGCUGUGGGUGGUGGUGGUGUGAGCAGCGUGCGAACGAGUGCGAGAGGUCUUCAGAUUGAGGGCAUGAACGGAGAUGUGGUAUCUUGGAAUCUCCAACAACAAUUUUCAGCCACGUAUCUAGCCUGCGUCGAAACAUCUGUGUCACUAUCCAGUAUUGUGGAGGCCCGGUGCAGUGGUGAAAUGAAGCCUCACCCGAGGACUACCAACAUUUCUUCGCACGCUGUCCUCAUCCUGGGGUAUACCCUGUGUGGUCGCCAUCUUUUAUCAUGUGAAAUAUUGCUUCCCUAAUUCGUUCCAUCGGCUGAGAUGCCACCUCGGCGGCCAUAAAGAUGGCGUUCAUUGACAUGGGCAUGACAAAGUCCACGUCCAGCGUCCGUGCGAUGUAGUCAGUCAUUCCCUUACCAUAGAUGUGAUGACCGGCCACUGGAUCGCCUCACUUCGAGAAGCGUUUAAAAACGCGGCAUCGCAGCGUUUCAGUUUUGGAAUACCACUAGUGCAGUUUGGCGAGGCAACGAAAUUCUGCAAUCUGUUCCGUGUCUUUUGUUUAUAGUUUGGACAGACCGACGUUUUGGUAAAACGUCGCAGCUUUGAGAUUUCCUUUGAUUUGCUGCCCUGUACAACUGUCGUGGCAACAGAGCUUCUAUGGGAGUCGUGGCUAUCAGACUAUUGAGCUUCCCUCCCGGAUACUGCCGCAUCAGUAAACCAGUUCGUCGGCAUUCCAUGGCCUGGCGAUGGACAGUGUCAUGUAAACUCGAGGUCGCUUCCAGAUCCGCGACGGAAUCGCCCCGGUCCUUCCAACUCGGUCGCUCGGUGCCUUUCGAAGGCCAUGUAGAUUGUGCGGUUGUGAAGUUUCAUUAAGGACACGUAGCCGAUAGACUAAGUAGCAUGAGGUAAAUCUUUGCCAAACCCGGAGCCGAGGGGAAGAUCUGACUCUGAUCCUUUGUGCUUGAUCACGUACGAAGGACGAGUUGUGGUGUGGUCUAUUACAAUUAUUUAUUUACUUUUUGGUAUGAUCGGUUAGGAUAAUUCAAUGAAACCGACAUUGAAUUCGUCACUCGUCUUGUUCAUGAAGGAAAGCAUUCCUUCGGGCCGUUCUCUGCAUAUAUUCCAAGUGCGUUUUGGCGUAGAUAAAAAUGUUUGCCAUCUCUGGUGUAACCACUAACGGUCGGAUAUAUCAAAAUGACAUUUUUACCGGGGUUAUCAGCUAUUUUUUUAUUUUUUGGUUUGACUGAGGCUAUCAUCUAUUGUACUUAAUAACUCCAUGUCACAUUGGACUAAUAACAAAUGUAUAAUGCGCACAUGCACUGAGUUCCUGGCGUGCGUUUUACCAACUGACGAAAACAGUUAACAACCGUUGUUUUGUAGACCCUCGUCGGCCUCGGGGCGCCGUAGAUGUCGCAUGUCUGACCGUAGUGCAUUACCGAAUGCUUGCUGGCACAUUGGCGGUCCAUUGGAAGACCACGGCAAAAGGUCUUACUUGAAAUUGACCAUACUUAUACGCGACAGAAGUAGACACCACUAUGAUAGAAGUAGACACCACUAUCAAUGCGCUCUGAUGGACGAAGUCAGAUGAAGCCACCUGUAACAGCGUUUGCCGACAGGACCAGAAAGUAGUGCAAAGGUCACGGGCCACCAGUAACAUUGCAGUGACCAAGGUAGUGGCUUAUCGUCGUUUUCGCCUCGUGCCUAGGCAGUUGGCUGUAACCUCCUCGUGCCUAAUUAGUUGGCUGUAAAGUGUACUCGUGACAUGGGAGGGACGCAUUUCAGUGCUUUAAUCACACCGCAAUCUACCGCCUGCAGCCGCCCUUCUGGCGUGGGGGGCCAUCUGGUGAGCCCUGUCCAUCGAGACCCCUGUCUGACCUGUCUGUCCACCGGCCCGGUGGGGUGGCCGGCCGGUCGGUGUGCGGGCGCCGGCGCCGCCCCGGCCGCCGGUUGUCGGCGCCGCCCGGUGCCCUGCGCACGACAGACACACCCCUCGACUGGCGGUGUUUGGCGCUGGCAGCCGUCCAGCGACCCGGGGUCCCACCUGGAGCGGUCUGGUGGUCGGCGGCUCUUGGGGGAUCGCCGCGUACUAAGCUACUCUUAGAGCUGAAAACAACUCGGGAAGGAAUGCAUGUUAUUUUAAGUUUUAGUGUAUUAUGAAGCUCAACAUUAACAUUACGUCUUAUGUACUUAAUCAGCAAAUUUCCAACCGUCCUCCUGAGCAUUUUUGCGACGUUGGAGACGAGCUCAUGGCAGCCAACGGGUGGGUAUAUGUAAGGUGCAUAUUUAUAACAGUGUACAUAUGUGCGAUGUGAUCAUACUUACAUUGGUGCUUUCCGGCACCAAACGCUUGUAACUCGGUAACUGGCGUCACCGCGAAGCCUUGUGCUGCUGACGAUCGCGGGCCCGCCGACGGGCGCUGCUUGAUCUCUACCUCCGCGUCGAAACCGCGAUCCUGCCGUCUUUCCCUCGCGAACGUUCGGCGUGUACUUAUGUCGCGUGCGGUCAGUGGGGCUCGCUUACGGAGCCAUGGCGUUCCAGGGAUUUGGUGCACGCUCUUCCGACAAUUACGGAUGUUUCUGGUUCUCGUUUGUUCUGCCUUCCAAUAAAGUUCUGCUUGUC